CCCAGUCCUGCUCGCAACAGUGACGUCAGCGCGCAGCGGCGGUGCAGUCACGCUCGGCGAUUGGGUGAGCGAAGAGCUAAACUGAAUUGUACAGUAAAAAAAGACAAGACGCCGAUAACAAAAACAACAGCUGCGGCCGCAUGAGGCCAACCAGGGAUACACUCGCACUUUUCGGGUUCCCGCUAUAAAGAUUUCGGAUGUCACGAUGGCUGCACACUUCACUAUUUCCGACAGCGAGUCAGAGACAUCGGAGGAGGUAGAGGAAGGAAAGAAUAAGCAACCAUCAACUGUGCAAGAGCAGCCGCUUUCUCAACGCCACUUCACACUACCUGAGCUCAGAACUCCAGCGACCGGUCGAAUCAGGCUGAACUCGGAGUCCCACGCUUCCACAGUCUCCAGAGACGAGGAGCUCCAGGCUAAGGGGGAAGACGAGGCUGGUACACCCACUGACGGAGCUCCAUUCAGGGGACGGUCCAAGUCGGCUCCCCCGGCUUUGUGGGCGGCCAAGAAAUACGGCCGGCAGCUCCGAAGGAUGAGCGACGAGUUUGACAGCCUGCUAGACAAAGGGGAAAUGAGGAGGGUGAGGAGUGCUGGGACGACCAAACAGAUGCACCACUCUAAAAGCUGGUGGAGCUACCUCUUCAGUCACCAGGAGACAGAGGGAGAGAACAACCACCAUGACAACCAUACACACCGCACUGAAUAGGGACCGAGGUUUGAGGAAUCGCUGGGAAUGAGAAGGCGGCAACGGGGAAGCCAAGAGGACAGUUGUGAUGAGAACAAAAUGACCUGAUCUGAGAAGGGGCGGCAGAAAGGUUGGUUCAGACAGAAAGAGGACGAUCCAACCACUAAGGCAUGGCUGAGUCGAUGGCUAGGUGUCCCAUCCUAGUCAUGACAUUUUUAUGCGCCAUUGGUAACAACUUUUAAAUUAUUUUUGGGUAUUUGUGUUGGUUGUGAUGUUAACAAUAUUGCUGGGCAGCCCACUGUGAAAUGGUAAAAGUCAGUCAGGCACGAGAAUGGACUGUUGGCUAUCUGAACCCCGUAGAAUGGAUGAGAUGAUAGGCCAAGAGGAGGAGGAUAAGCAUAGAAGUUAAGCAGUGACCACGCAGUUAAAAGAUGCUUCAGUUGUCUCUCCCAUCAACACUAUGCAGUAUACUGUAGAUGGAGAGAUAAAUGCACUGAAAUAAAAAAAACGGACUAAUUGAGGCCACCUUGAAUGCUGUUAGAAUAUCCUUCCUCUUCUUUGUGAAGAAAUCCCCGUUGUCGAUGUACUAAUGCUUGUUUUGCUCCAACUGUUUGUGCUUAAACAAAAGCUAAUGGAGACCACUGCGAUUGUGUGCCAAAGUAAUCCGCAAGCAACAGAGGCAAGAGUAUAAAAGCGAAGGAUUUGUUUAAAAGUAUUCUCGGGCCUUUAUCCAACUUCCAGUUCUACUAGUUGAAAGCCAGUACCACUUAAACAGCUGUACUUGACUAUCAUCAAGUGCUUUAUAUCUCAAAUAUAUCAAAAGAAGAACAAUCUUGUACAAGGACAAUCUGAUGAUGCAGAAACACUAUCUUUUGUAAGACUUCAGGGUUAGAUUAUAUCUGAAGAGAAUGACAUUAAACAUACAUAUAAAAGCACAAACCAAUAUGAAUCUAUCUUUUUAAAAGACUUGGAUGAGCAAAAAAAACAAACCGUUGGAACCUUUAUGUGUAAAUAUUUUGUUAACAUUUUAUCAAAUUGCAGGGGUGGGGUAAUACGCUACGUGGUUUAGCCAGAUUUUUAUUAUUAUGAAGUUCCUAUUUUACAAGGUUACCAUGCUGUUUAAUACGGCUGGCCAACCUAGCAAUAGGCAGUGUACAAUCCAUGGUUGUUGUGAUUAAUGUUAUGUGCAUAUUUUAAGAUGUGGGUGGGGGUGAAUUGAACUGCUGUACAAGGAGCCAACACAAUAGCUUGGGCCCAUUUAUUUAGUACCCAGUGCAUAUAGAAGAAGGAUCUAGAGAGUUUAGUCACAGUUAAACACAAGUGGAAGGGAUUUAAACUUGACACAGGAAAAUCUGUUUCCAGCCCUGUUAGGUUGAUAAAACAGCGAGUUAAAAUGUGCGUUGUUUGGGGUUUAAUUAAAUGGGAUCUUUAAUCGGUCAAGCCUCCGGUCUAGGAGUGAUGAUCUGGUGCUAGAUUUGCUUUUUAUGUAUUAUAUUCAGGCUUUUAAGGACUACUUGGAACACACAAUAUGGCAUUCAUGGGAGUUUUUCUUAUCAAUGAUUAUAAACUAAGAUACGCACUUCUACACAGCUUGGUAAAUAUGAUUAGGCUAUUUGUAACGUGUUUAUCAAUAUGUGAUUAUUGAACAUGGUAAUAGGUUUGUUCUACUUGUUUCUUACUCUCUUCCUCUACACGUGUAGGGUUGAGAUGUGAAGUGCAGGGGAGGGGGGGGGGGGGUUAGGCAUGGAACUAAGGGGCUGCAUUUCUAUUGUCUUUACACUCAAACGUUGCUCCACCUUUUUUAUGGUUUAUCCUAAACUUGGUUCAGGAGCAUUUUUUUAGUCAGAAUUGUAGACAAUCUAAAAAGCACCACCUUUCUUUGAAGAUUCAUUCAAGUCUACCAUAUGUUUGGCAACAUGCCCCUAACUGUGUCCAAUUCACUGAAACAUGUGGGUGACUUGUUAAAUUAAAUAAGUAUCUGCUAUGAAGCUACAGUUAAGACUAUACAGUUACAUUUAAGCUACUUAUUUAAAAAAAAAAAAAAAAGUGACUCCGCUGUUUUAGAUCAGAUUUCUAAAUCACACUAACAGGGAAAACAGGAGUGUGUAAUUGUGCCGUCAAAACAAAGCGUUAGUGUUUUAUAUUCUAAUAAGUCACUUCUAGUAGACCUGGACAUGUACAUUGACACAAUUAGUACAGUUGAAUCAGCUGGCAGAGAAUAUGUACAUGGUCUUUAGAGCUUGGGCCCAAAUAUGAAUAUGGAAUUUUAAGAGUACAAUAUCGUCAUGAACUGCCUUGGACAUGCUGUAACCUGUGAUGUGACACCACAUAACCAGUCUUGUCUGUUUACCCAAUUACCGCCUUAAAACUUUACAGUCACCUAUAAAGCUUAAGAAAAAAGCACAAUGGUGGUGCGUUUGCUGUCACAACUGUGAGAAAAAUAUUAUUAUGGCUGGAAGAGCCAUUUCAGAAAAAGAAAGUCAUGUUAUGGUUUUGACUUGAAGCAUUUGUGACAGUGAACACACCCCAGAGGAAAAAAACAACCUGUCUGGGCACCUGGCGUUUUACAACCAUCCGUGAUAUUACUUGAAUCUGGAGGUGUGUGGAGAAAAUGUAAUUCUAAUAUUGCCUUCUUUUUUUUGUUGGAUUCCUUUUGAUUUUUUUUGAUUUUUUUUUUUAAUGACUUUUGUAAAUUUUCUCUACAGCUGUGAAUCUUCUGGUAUAUGCUGUGCUGAAUAAAUACUUUUAAGAGUG